ACCACCUCUCUCCACCCUCCACCUCGCCGGCCCACCAUGCGCUACUACGAGCAGGCGCUGCCCGAUGCCGAGGAGAUCGUCAUGUGCCAGGUGCGGCAGAUUGCCGAGAUGGGCGCCUACGUCAAGCUGCUCGAGUACGACGGCGCCGAGGGCAUGAUCCUCCUCUCCGAGCUCUCGCGCCGCCGCAUUCGCUCCAUCCAGAAGCUCAUCCGUGUGGGCCGCAACGAGGUCGUCGUUGUGCUGCGUGUGGACAAGGACAAGGGCUACAUCGACCUGUCGAAGCGGCGUGUGUCGCCGGAGGACGUGAUCAAGUGCGAGGAGCGCUACAGCAAGGCCAAGGCCGUGCACAGCAUCCUGUCGCACGUCGCCGGCAAGCUCAACCGGCCACUGGAGGAGCUGUAUGAGGCGAUCAGCUGGCCGCUCGACCGCAAGUACGGGCACGCCUACGAUGCCUUCAAGAUUGCCGUGACCGAGUCGGAGAGCGUCUUUGCUGGCCUGACGAUGGACGAGGACGUGCAGCGCGAGCUGCAGGCCAACAUCGCACGCCGGCUCACGCCGCAGCCGGUCAAGAUCCGUGCCGACGUCGAGGUGACGUGCUACAACGCCGCCGGCAUCGACGCCAUCCGUGCUGCGCUGCAGGCUGCCGAGGACAUUCAGACCGAGGAGAUUCCGAUCAAGGUCAAGCUCGUCGCGCCGCCGCUGUACGUGCUGAUCACAAAUUCGACCGACAAGGUCGGCGGCAUCGAGCUGCUCGAGCAGGCCCUCGUGCGCAUCGACGAGUCGAUCAAAAAGGCGGGCGGCAACCUGACCGUCAAGAUGAAGCCAAAGGCGGUGUCCGAGUCCGAGGACCAGGAGCUGGAGCAGCUCAUGGCACGCGUGGAGAAGGAGAACGCGCAGGUCGAGGGCGACGACGACUCGGAGGAGGAGUAGAGACGCAGCUAGGCAGCUGGCAUCGGUGCGCGGCCGUCGCUGAUUGGCGAAUGCCUUGUUGGGCACUUCAGAAAUGCGAUCGCUGCACUCCGACUGACCACCGUCAGCACACACGAGUCGCUAAGAUGGAUGCAUUUCGCGGCUUCGCGGAAGAGGGGAGGGGAGACUCGAGACUGGACGGGUACGGGAACAGAGAACGGACCGAAGAUUAGAGGAUCGGGGAGCGAGGA